AUGAACUCACAGAGCAGCAGCUCGUUAACUGCUAACCACAGGUUCCUGAAAUUUCAUAAUGAUGAUGAACAAGUAAAAAUUAUAUUACAUGAUUUAUGUCAAAUUGGAAAUCUGUGGGAUCCGAAUAUUGUUUCCGAGUUUUACAACAAGAUGAGAAAAUGUAAACGUAAAAUUCCCUUCUCUUUGGAAUUUCAGCUUGUUGCUUCUAUUGAAUUGGAAGAUGUUAUUGAAGUAAGAAUAUCUCAUAGCUUGAAUUGUCUUGUAGCUUUAAGUAGCGAAGAGUAUACGUUUAGUUUUUUUGAUUUGAAAACUCACAAAAGGUUGGGAAUCUUUGUAGCUAAAGAAAAACCUCCAUAUUUUCAUGUCGAAGAAAAUUAUGAUGGAAAUAAUAACGAUGCUUUGAUUUAUGGAGGAAAUGACAGUGUUGUAAAAUACGAUUUAAAGACAGUAUUAGAGAAACAAGGGGCAAGUAAUUAUAUUUGGCAGCAAUCAGCAAUUUGCAAUGCUCGAGGAAUUGUGAGCUCUCGUGAUCGUUAUUCAUCAAACAUCAUCUAUGUUUGUUAUGUGGAUCAAAUUACUGCUCUGAAUUCUAAAACAGGAGAUGUCUUGUACAAAAUUGACAAAAAUCACAAUGGUAUCCAACUGGAUGAUUUAUCGGGGAUUGAUAUCACUGAUACAAAUGACACUUUGUUUGUAGUCCAGAACGGACACAUCCGCAAGUUGCGACGCUGCCCAUCAUCAGAAACGAUAUUAUGGCAAUCAGAGCUACUGUUCGGGCAAGGUCAUGUAAAACGUUCGGAUGGAUUUAGAUGA